AUGUCUGCGAGAGAAAGAUUCCAGAAGUUGAGAGAGUUGAAGAUCAAAAAAAACUACACGUUGAUAGAGAACAAAAAAGAGCUUAUCAAAGAGUAUAAAAGAAACAGAAUCACCAAAAACAACAAAACCAACAAAACCAAAAAAAGUAGCUCAAACCAAAACCAUAAUGGCCUAAAUAUUCUGAAAUUAAAGGCCGAAAAGGAGCUAAUUGAACUAAACUUAUUUACUAAUGAAAAGAACAAAAACGAGUACGAGAAGCGAAAACUGUUGAACUACUCCAUCGAGGACCAUGAAAACUGGACCUGUAACCAGAAACUCAAAGACGAAAACGCCUCUAACAACUUCAAAUUGCAAAAUUACAACCAGCUAGCCUUGCAGACGUACUUGAAGGAUGUCAAGAAGAUCUCUCUGGCAGACAGCAACAGCAUCUCUGCUCUGCAAGGCGAGACAACGAGCGAUCUGUUGGAUGGCCUAUCAAAGAACUUGAUCAGUGAAGACCAGCGAAGAAUGGACAGCAAGAGAAGGAAAGCAGAAAAGGAAAGCGACAACACUUUCUUCACUUACAUUAAUCGUAAGAACAAAGAGUUCAACCAGAAGUUAGCGAGAGAUUAUGCUCCAUACACAAAGCAAACAAAGGACAACUUUGAAAGAGGAACUGCUCUCUGA